AUGGGGUUGACAAAGUUUUUGCUAGCCAUAUACUUGAUAGGUUUAACCCUCCCUCAUGUCUCCCUCCUAGCCGCCAAAACCGGCCAAGGCCAGCUGCGGUUCCUCGACGGACACAAUGCGGAACGUGCCGAGGUCGGUGUUCCGCCACUUACUUGGAACAGCUCCCUUGCAGCAUACGCUAGAAAAUGGGCUAACACGAGGAUCGAGAAAUGCGAGAUGGAGCAUUCGAACGGGCCGUAUGGAGAAUGCAUUGCUGAAGGUUAUGGUAACUUGAAGGCUUCAGAUGCAGUGAGGAUGUGGGCAGGUGAGAAGAAAUUCUAUGACCAUGCAUCCAACAAAUGUGCUGAUGGUGAGUCGUGUGGCCACUACACCCAGGUGGUUUGGCGUGACACAAAGUAUCUUGGGUGUGCCAGGGUGAAGUGCAAAAAUAGCUGGAUGUUUGUCAUCUGCAGCUAUGAUCCUCCGGGAAAUUACGAGGGGGAGAGUCCAUACUAA